UGUUGACCAGUCAGACCAUCAUUCCAUCAAAAUGACCCGGCUCGACCCCUUUCCGCAGCUGAGCACUGUAGACGCUGGCGGAUUAUCACACCGCCGCUCGAAUGUGAAGCGCAACUCUCAGGAUCUGGCUGGCCAUGCAGGUCCCAUGCAGCCGGUAAUCCACGACCAGUCGUCAAAGCUCAGGAAAAAAUCUCGUGGAUCCCUUAGACUAUCCCGGCGAACCUGGGUCCUGCCUCUGCUUCUCAUGCUGACCUUCAUCACGCUCUAUGCCAUCAAUCCAUCCGAGUCUAAUAUCUUCCGACACUUCCUCUUUCUUUCCUACAAACUCGAUGAUCAAGACGACCAGUACGGCAAGGGUCCCUGGGACUUCGCCAUUUUAUGCUCCUACACCAUCCUGUUGACCUUCGCUCGCGGGUUUCUCAUGCAAGAAGUUCUCAGACCCCUUGGCCGUCUCGGUGGGAUAAAGUCACGGCGGAAGCUAUCACGCUUCAUGGAGCAAAUGUACACGGUCUACUACAUGGGCUUCGUCGGGCUUCUCGGGCUUUACACCAUGAAGCGGACUCCAGGGCUUUGGUAUUUCGAGACGCGAGCCAUGUACGAGUCGUAUCCGCACCUAUCUCAUGAUGCCGUAUUCAAGUCUUACUACCUGAUGCAGGCCGCCUUUUCGGUCCAACAGGCACUCAUCAUGCUGCUCGGCCAAGAAGAGCGGCGGAAGGAUUUCCAGGAGCUUGUCGCGCACCACGCCAUCGCUCUGGCGCUGAUAUGGAUCAGCUACCGAUAUCACUUUACAUACCUUGGCCUCGCCGUCUUUGUCUCGCAUGAUAUCAGCGACUUCUGCCUGGCGAUGUCCAAGUCGCUCAACUAUCUCAAACACCGCGCUCAGAUCGCCUCCUUCCUCCUGUGCAUCGCUACAUGGAUCUACCUCCGCCACUACAUCAACCUGCGCAUCCUCUACUCGAUCGCUACCGAGUAUGCCACCAUCGGCCCAUUUGGAGUUAACCCUGAGGCAGGGGAGUACAAGUGCCGCCUCUCCCAGACCGUCACCUUUGCGUUGCUGGCCAUGCUGCAGGGCCUCAACCUGUUCUGGCUCUACCUUCUGCUCCGCGGCGCCUACCGUUAUUUUGCCACGGGUGUUGCCAGGGACGAUAGGUCCGAGGCUGAUGAGUCAGAGGGAGGACCUGAACCCUGGGUUGCGGACGAGAGUCAGGGAGGCAAGGAGGAGAGGAAAGGGGUCGAAGUUUGAUCACAUGGGGUGUGGCUAGUUGACGAUAGUUCGGCUGAUAAGUGAUGAAUUGGACGUUGCAGUCAAGGUAUCACUAGCCCAUACCUUACUUAGAAAGUUAGAAGGUCCCAUUUGUAAGGCCUUUGGCCUCGAAU